AUGUGCGGGGACAUCCGCACCGAGGCCGCGUCCAACUUGCUCUUCUUGCUCGUGCGGCCCAACUCAUUCGCAGUCGCCGUCGACAAGCGCAUCCGGCCCUACAAGCCGCCACUCAUGCCUCCGCACGCUCUAGCUCCAACACUGAAUCCGCCGCUGGCUCCUGCACCACCUCCAAAGCUAUCAUCGCCGUUCCCACCACCAAAACCCAUGCCUCUACCCGCACCACCACCGAUGCCACCACCACCUACGACCUCUCCGGCACUUAACCCGCCACCGGCGCCACCUCCACUCCCGAAUCCACUGCCAUCGUCCAUUCUUUCACCUACAAUGCUGACUCCUCCAAGUCCGACGCCGUCUCCCACACCACCACCUACUACAAAACCAGCCCCACCACCAUAA